AUGCCCAGAAAAUUUCUCGGGCAAAGGCUUGAUGCCAAUAUUGACUAUCUGCGGCCCGCCUCCAUGGGCAUCACAAAUCUUGAUCUGAGUAGGCUACCCGAAGUCCCUGAUUUCCCUGAUUUGGGCAGCGCCAAUAUUGGAAAGGAGAUCGAUAAUUCAACGAACGGCCAGUAUGGACGGCGUAUCUCACGGUCUUUCGGGGGAACAAUGAAACUAAAGAAACGGCUAAGUUCCGUGCCAGAACUUCUAAUGCAUAAUCAAAAAAUGCUAGAAAACAGGCGUUCUUUGACGGUAGGUGUAGCCAAGGUUGAAAAGCAGACAUCGCCUGUAGUAGAGGUAGAACAAUCAAGAACAAACUUGAAUCAUAGAUUGCCGAAACCUUAUCCUGCUCUUGUGGAUACUCCACGAUCUGGCGCUGCCUCCCGCAACCUGCGCGCACGCACCUCUUCGCCGCUAGCGGGGCCACCUAUAGUUUAUAGAGGCGACAAGGUUGUUGCAUUUCCUGCGGCUACACACGUCGCAUUUCCACCGACCAAGGGCUUCCACACGCGUAAGAAGUCCGAUGGAGAGCUCCUGUUUGAUGAAAUAAUUAAAGCCUACGGUCAUUUACCUAAAGUUCAAGAUGUGGGCAACUCAAAAGUGAAUACAGCCGUACAUGUUCCAGCAAGCGUUCAAAGCUCUCCGACCAGGUACUCGAGAGCUUCCCAUCCACCAAAAAAACAAGCUCAUGCAUAUUUUGACCCCAUAAUACAGAGCGAUGAAGAUAUGCAACGGUUGUCGGAGGAGUCCUUCCCUUCGCCGAUUGCUUUGGAAGAGUCUCUAUCUAGUCCAGAAUAUACCAAUACGAGCGGAUCUGAUCCUUCGAGCUCAGGAGAAGAUUUUUCGGAUCUAGCCAGUAUGGGAGAUAGUUUGGGGUCCCCGCAGAGCCCUAGUUUGAGUACUGAUGAUGAUUCAACAUAUGUUUCUGCCGAUGAGUAUCUGCCGAGUGUCGCAGACCUGAGUCUUCGCAAGAAGAUUAGUACCGCGUGUUCAAUCCGCAGAAUCCGCUUGAGUCGAGUAAACCCUCAAAUGUUUUCCUUCACAAACCUCGAUAUCGAUUCAGAAAAUGAGGUUACAGAGCCAAUGACGCCAUUGGAAAACGGAAUGGCAGAGCAGGAUACCAUGGACGCCUCAAGUUCGCUCUACGAAGAAUGA